GGAGUAUAUACGAAACAUCUGUAUUCAAUAUUUAUUGUGAGGUUUAAGAUGUACGAGUGUGUUUCGUCUACUAACAGGAUGAUGGUUAGUUGGAUUAUAUUUAUAUCGCUACUUUUUGCGGUUGAAAAUAUAAAAUGUAACACGGAGAGCAUCGAGCCUGGCCAAUGCCUUUCCAAAUUUGACCACGACUACAAAGUGAUGCAGAAAUUGCUGCAGUUGGAGACGCAGAUAGCAAGUCAGGCAGACGAAAUAAAAGACCUAACAAAUAUUAACAAAGUGUUCGCUGCGCAGAUAGCAAGCCAAGCACGAGAAAUCAAUCAACUGAUGGAUACAAACAAAACCAGUCAUCAUGUUGCCUUCAUGGCAGAAUUAUCAACUAGUAUGGUUAAUCCUGAAAAAGGCACCACCGUAGUGUUUGACAACGUCCAUGUCAAUGAAGGCAGUAGCUACAAGCCGGGAACAGGGACCUUUGUAGCCCCAGCUAGUGGCAUAUACAGUGUAACAGUUGUCGCAACAGCAGAAAGGAGGUCAAGUUCUGGUCAACAGCUUCAUCUCUAUCUGAUGCACAACUCGAAUAAGAUCGGCUACAUUUUCCUCGACGGCAACACCAACUGGCCCUUGUUGAGAACGAUAAGUGUCGUAGUGAAGCUGAGUUAUGGGGAUACGUUGUUCGUUAAGAUUGGUGGAAUCACAGGGGUGGGAACUUUAGUUGGGUGCUGUUUUCAUACACACUUCAGUGGUUUCCUUGUGCAGACAGACUGACAAAUUCUACAGCGACGAAACAAUUAGCUAGAAAUAAGUUACGCGAAUGGCUACGAUAUUUUCAAUUUAAUGUUACCUACUAUAGCAUAUUUGCUCUCUUAUUGGUUAGCUGUUAUGAAUAAAGUGUUACUUUAUAACAUAUUAUUUAUAAAAUGGAAAUCAACUGACAAAAGAAAAUAAUAGGCUAUCCAAAAAUCACAUUAUUUUUUAUGAAUGACAUUUGAUUACACUUUGAUUCUGAAGCAAUUUGUAUUGUUUCAUUAUAAAUGCUCUCAAGUCUCUUGCUACAGUUUGGACUUUUGACAAAGAUAGGUGAUGCCUUUAUGAUAGCCUAUGAUUCCGAAUCUAAUUGAUAUUCCAACUUUAUUUGUUAUGAUUGAUGCAUAGUUUCUCUGUUACAGUUUAUCCAGGAAUAUUCCACCACAUAGUACAAUUUAGUCUUUGUCUGUACAAUUUGAAAUAUGAAAAAAAAAGAUUUAUUUUCGUACAUUCUAUCACUCUUGUAAUAAAAUGUUUCAAAAUGA